AUGGCUUUUUGUCGAUCAUCAGAUCGACAACGCCUGUCGGUCGCAUUGGAUGCUGGUUAUGUCUCGAUAACAUCCGUGCCGGUUGAACAAUUGACGAAAACGUUUGGUUUACACGGGAGAAGACUAACCUGUGUUGUCGGUGCAAUACUGACUUUAUUUUUAAUUAGUUUUAUCAAUUUUACGUGUCUUCUAUGGUUUUUGUAUAAACUCGAUUGGUCAUUGUUCGAUAGUAGUCGCUCGAAAACUGUUCAGUAUAAUCAACUUCAUGAUCAGAUAACUUUCUUCAAACAAGUAACUUGCAAAGAUCUCGUUUAUACCAAUCGGUCAGAUCAUUCAACUUCGAUAGAUAUUUCUUCAGAUAAACACAUUGAUAUAUCAGGUGAUCAGAAUUCCAUAUUGCUUGACGAAGAUCAGAUCUUAUUCAAUACUGAUAAUUUCCAUUUUAACAAUCAAUCACUAAUUGAUUUUGCAAAUCUUCAAUCUUAUGAAUUCGAUUCCGAAAUUUCAACUCGUGUGCAUUUAAAACGACUGAAAUGUGAAUACAUACACGACAAGCAUAUGAAUGUGUCCGCGACAAAUCAGUUGACAGUAUCUAAUGUUAAACAUGCUCAUAUCGUUAGCGAUAUGAUUGUCCUAGAAGCCAAUCGAUACAAUCGUCAUUCGAUUCUUCGUUUUAAGAAUAUGAACGCGAAGUACGCUUCUCGCCAACAAAAAGCUUCAACUGGGAAUCUACGCUUUCGAAGUGAUGUGAUCUACUUCGAUUUACCACGAAUGCCUUUUCUGAGUGUAAAUUAUCGGAGUGAAUCGGGCAUUUACCGACUUUGUAUUUGUAAUACAACACAUCUAUUUUUACGUAGUUUUGCUCACCAACCAUGUCCACGUUGUUAG